UAAAUUAAAGCAAUUAAACCUAGACGACGAUCAAAAUCACAUCAUAACCUCCAACGCGCUUUUAACUCGAUGGAGAUCCACAAUGCCCCUAUAUCUUCUCUCUUCUUGUUUGAAAAGCAGAUAUCUUCAACAGAGUCUCCAGGUAAUCCCCUACUUCUUGUUCAUCUUUUAUCAAUCUUUCUUUCUUCAUCUGCCAUGGCCACCAGGACUCAUUCCCAAACCGGUGAAUCAUCCGAGACUUUUACCCAACAGAAUCUUCUCAAAAAUCCUGAGAAAGAAGUCUGUGCCUUUGAUAAUGCAGACAUUGCGGCUUUGAGAGCUUCCGGUGCUUUUCCUGAUAACACAGUCUUUAGACCAUUCGAUCGGAUGUUUCUUCCACAGAUUGGAUUUGCUUUCCAGCAUACCCUUUUUCACUGGGUCUUCGAUACCCCUUUCCCGAGUUCAUGAUGCAAUUCUUCCGGACCACCGGCAUCUCUUUUGCUCAAACCAUGCCCAUGGUUUGGAGAGUAUUAAUCAUACUUAACCAAAUCAAAAGCCUUCACUGUCCCGACCUUUGUAUCGAGGAUCUGCCAAUCUCUUAUCGCCUCCGAUCUCACGGUUCUAGCCGAUUUUUGCUUUUUUCGACUUCCAACAAACCCCUUAUUCUUAAAGCUACUAAAAAUGAAGACGGAUGGCAACGCAAGUUCUUUUUCGUCAAACGAGACUCCAUUGCUGAGGGUGCCAACCUUCCGGUGGAGUGGUUAACCACCGUAAAUUUCAAGGAAGUAGCUCCCCCUACCGCUGAAUCAGAGGAAAGAAUCAAUACUGUUUACCGAUUACCUGCAAUAGACAGGAGUUUCACCACACAUAUCCCGAGUUCCAGUCAAUACUCGUCAUCUGAAAUGUCUGCCCCGACUAAGAUCCCUGAAGUCUUUGAUCUCGACGAGUUGGACAGCUAUUCUGAUCAGGUUCAGAUCAAGAAGGAACCCAAUCCUAAGGCCACAGCCUCAUCCAAACCCAGUGGUUCCAAAGUCAUUGUCAUCACCAAACCUUCGUCAACUACCAAGCCCCGGAGCUCCAGCUCUCGUAAAAGGAAAGAGCCCGACUCCCCCGUCAUCUCUGACACUUUUCCCUAUGAGAAGCACGGGUUCAUCGAAGCUAGCGGGUUUAUGACUUCCUUUCUUACCUAGUGUCUUGAACGUCUGGUUCAUCUAUAUCAAGAAUCCUGCGGACUUAACAAGACGCUUGAGUCCAAGUUGAAGGAAGCAGAAGUCACGAUCUCCGAUCAAGGCAUGAUUGCAGCCGCCAGAUCUCGUCACUACGAGGAGAAGUUCAAGGCUAUGAUUCAAGAACACCAAACUGCUCUCAACAAAGCUACUCUUCAAGCCCAAGCCGAUCUUGAAGCUGCCGAUGCGCAACAUGAACGGGAUAUGGUCAGCUACCGGGAUAGCCUUAAGAGUUCCGUCGUCACUUCUCUUCUCCAGGCCAGGCUGAAGAUGGCCCAUGAAGCCAAAACACUAGGUUUUGAAUGCCCUUCUUGGGAUGUUGGUGCCUGGGAAAUGAAGCUAAAGAAUCUUGGCGGCAUUUCUACCACACCAACUGCCGAAGGAUCUUCCAAAGUAGCUGAAAAAGCUAAUGAUGCUGAGAGGGAUGUUGAGGUGGAUCCCGAGACGGGUGCUGCUGAAAUUACCGCGAACGAAGAUGGCACUGCCCCCUAAAACUUAUUUCCUUUUGUUUGAACAAUCUUAUGUCUUAUGAACAAUUUUUAUUUCCGUAUCAAAACAAUUUGAUAGCCGAAGGUGGAUGGGUCCUAGGUUUCAGGAUGAAGCCUUUGGUUAUCAACUAGUACCGUUUAUUUCCAAUAAUUUCAUCUUUCAUUUUUCUUGCUA